AUGGGCCUAGCUAUAUACCUGGUCAUCUUCCUGCUCUCGAUUGCAGUCCUCUACUACCAGGCCACGAAGAGCAUCCCCAGCCGACUCAACUCCGACCAAGCUCCGAAAUCAAGAUUUGAGCUUGUUCCAGCGUGCGCCAGUGGUUUACCGACGAGGGCGGACGGGAUUGAGGUCCACCCCGACUCGACAUGGCGGGCGACGAAACAUGCGACGAGACAAGCGACGACGACCGAUAUACCUGAAGAAGCGGCGACGGACAACGAGCAGUUUGUGAACUGGGUCAGCGACUUUCUCCCUAGUGACCUCCUUCCGGCGGUCAGCAGAGAUGUCCGCCUAUUCUUUUACAACUACGAUUCAUACUGGAAGAGGGAUGCGGUGCACACACGGUUGACAAACCUUGGGAAUGAACUGCUUGAGCAUAUCGGAGGGAUCCGGAUGUCCGAAACGGAGCAAAACCGGAGCUUGAUCUUUGUAGCACAUAGUUUUGGGGGGCUCGUGGUUAAACGUAAGGCACUUGUUCAAGCCCGAGCGAGUCGAGACUUUGGCCACGUCGCGGAGCAUGCUCAAACAAUUAUCUUCCUGGGUACGCCGCAUCGCGGGACCAGUUUCGGCCUAUGGGGUUGGCUUGCGGCAAAGGGCCUCCAGCCUCUCGGGUCGAACCCGUCAAUCCUGGCCGAUUUGGAGUAUGAUUCAUUUUCGCUACACGACUUGCAUAAGGAUUUUAUGGCGGUGGCUCCAGACGAUUUGCGUGUGUUUAACUUCUUUGAGAAGCGGCCGACAUGUAUUCUUCGGCUAUGGUUCGUUCGGCUAGAGCGACUUUGUGUCCAUGAGCAAUCCGCCACAUAUGAGGGUCGAAAUGUUCGAAACAUUGGGCUAUCGGUCGAUCACUAUGGGCUCAACAAAUUUGCGUCGAAGAACGAAAGCUAUCAGUCAAUACUUUCGAAACUUACCGAAUGA